CAAUCAAUUUGGUUUAAGGUUAUUUUUUAGUGUAAACAAAAGUGUUGUAAAAGACUUUUUCUAUGAAAAUACAAUUCGAUAAUCAGUAAAAAUGCCGACAGUCAUACUGCUCGAUGUUUCGCUAUCUAUGUUCCGACCUGUCCCAUCUUCCGACACAACAGAAACGCAUACUCGGUUCACCUUAGCCGCGGCAGCUAUUAAUUCCUUUCUAGACUAUUUAAAUGUUCAUGUGAAGCUGGAAUAUGUCGCAUUGGUUACCUAUUCAUCUACCCAUGAUGUGGCAGUUCCGUUCACAAGAGACUUUGACACGAUACGCACGAAGUUGACCCACUUGGAGGAGGGCGACAAGACCUGCCUGGAGGCCGCUCUGCUCGGCAUCAACCAUCUUGUGAUGAGCGAGUGGGGCUCCCAGACCCUUGUGCAAACUGUCUUGAUAACAGAUGGUAGCUGUGGAGUGGGUCCUCUCGGCAGGAACCUUGUCAUACAAGCCCUGCCGCUGCCUCCGCCGUACCCGUCCCGGGUUCACAUCAUUCCCAUUGCCUCACCCAACGAGCCCAGCUUGCAACAUGCCAUGCCCCUCUACCAGAAGGUGGUGGAGUUGUCCACAAACACCAACCACCCGACGAUGGCCAUCACACGCGGAGUCAUCUACUGUCCCGACCAGCUCAAUGUUCCUGGGGUGGUGACGGCGGCUAGCAGGCUGUGCGAGCAGCAGUACCAGGAGACGUGGAGCACGCUGCGCUGCGGACAGCUCGAGGCCAAGGUGCAGCUGUUCCCGCCCAUCAUCCCGCCCGCGGACUCGGGCGCGCCGCCCUCGCGCACCAUCCACGUCAUCGGGUUCAUACCGCUGCAGGACCUGGGCACUCCAAUAUCGAUCAGCCGCCACCUGGUGCUGCCGCAGGCGCAGCCCGCCGCGCCGCGGGACAACUACGCCGACCCUAAGACACCCACAAAGGAGGGCAGCAGCAGCUCGGAGGGCGCGGAGGAGGACGCGGCGGACCCCAGCAAGCAGCCCCACUUCUGUGUGCUCCUGCACGGCGCACUCAAGGUGGAAUCAAUGGGUGCAAUCGUGUCGCUCGGCAACGGCUGGUUCGGCUCUCUGCUAGCUCGAUGCGAGGCGCGCGCGCGGCGCUCCUGUCUUCAGCUCGCGCUGGGGACCGCCGACGCCGCGCCCUGGCUCGGCCCGCUACCUCAGCUGGGGCCAGCUGGGAAUGGGGCUACUGAAACGUUCCCGGUCCGCGCCACGCGCUCGUACAGCGGCGGCGGCGGCGCGGCGUGGUCCCGCCCGCACGCGCUGCUCGCCGACGUGCAGAAAGUGCUGCGUCACGCGAGGAAGCUGCCCGACAAGACGCCGCAUUUAUAUAAGGAACUAAACCGCCUGCGUCGCGCCGCCAUAUCCCUCGGCUUCUCGGAACUGCUCACGUGCGUGGGCGCGGCGCUGGAACGAGAGUGUGCGUCCCUCCCGCCCGGGGCGUCCCAGGAGUGUUCCAUACAGCUCGCGCACGCUGCUAAUGCGUUGAGGGAUCCAAGGACUGCCUUGGAUAUCAAGCACACGCUGACUCCGCCUGGCACUGGGUUUAGUGGGGCUGGGUCUACUCAUUGAGGC